AUGGAGCAAACAGCCGAAAAAAUAAAUGCCGAGGAAGCAUUAUUUCAAUUUCCGCUAUCUACAUAUCCACGUAUUAAAGAACUGAAGGAAAUUAUUUUGCCGUUUUAUGCUCUGAUUUAUCGGAGUUAUCAGUGGCAAAGAGAUCGCAAUGUUUGGUUGGAUGGUCCCUUUGAGUAUCUUGAUGUACAGCAUAUCGAAGACAAGCUCAAUCAAUACCUAAUUGAUUUUACCAAAACUAAUAAACAAUACAAGACAAGAAUCAAAAUGCAAAUCGCAAUCAAUUAUCCGUACAGUUUUUCAGGAUUAAUAGAUGAUCCCGAUCCAUUCCAGCAACCAGCACCUUUAAAAUUAUGUCAUCAACUGGCAGAAGAGUAA